UACGUUAAAACUUAAAAGCAAAUUUUUCUCAUUAGAAAUUUGUUAUUGCAUUUUAAAUUGAUUGUUAAAAUAUAAAAUAAGUAACCUUUUAAACUUAUGAUAUCUUGAAACUAUAAUUUAUCUAUAAUAAAUCAAUAAAUCAAAUAAAAGACAUCAAAUAAAUAAGGACAUCAUGUUUAUUAUGUUUUUAUAACUAAGCAGUGUUUAAUUAUUUGGCGUGAUUGGGCAAGAGUCAAGAGAUAAUAAUAAUCGUAUGAUUUAUUGAAUUGAUACAUUGAAAUAAAAAAACAUUUAUUUAAUUUUAAAAGUAUGGAAUUUAAUAAUACUAGUUGUGAACCAAUGGACAUAGAUAUAAGUUCUAACUCAGUCAGUGCUAUGGAGAUUUCAUAUAAUGAAAAUAUUAUAAUCAAGACUGAAGAUACAUGUGAUAAUACUAACAUGACACUUAGCCCUAAUAUCCAGCGCCCUGAGACUAACUUCAAAAAGUUAGUAGUCAAUUUAGAUGUUAAACAUGCUAAAAGGAAAAACAAACAUAAUGUUCUUUAUGCUCUUGGAAUAUUCUUUCUAUUAUUAUCGUUAACUUGUUAUCAUCUAAAUAUUAAUUACCAAUGCUAUGAAAGAAUCAACACUGAAAAAAUAAGACAUAAUCUAUUAAAUAGAAUGUAUGGACAGACUACUGCAGCAACACAAAUUAUGAAAACAUUAGAAAGUGAUAUGAAAAAUAAAAUAUUAAUAAUGUAUGGAGGAACUGGUGUUGGCAAGAUAUUAGCAGUUUCACUAAUUUUAGAAGAUAUAUUAAAAUAUGCAAAUGUAUAUCACUACACAAUGCUAAAUUUAAUUGACUUAAAUGCAUCUGAUCUUCUAUUUGGAUUUACUUGGUGUCAGUCAUCCAUUGUUAUUGUUGAUGACCUGAGACAUAAUGAUUUAUUUUCGAUAAAAGACUUUAUUAAAACUUUAAUUACAAAGAGUGAAAAGCUUAGCAGAAAUCUGACUGUUAUUUUAAAUUAUAAUUGUGAUAUAAUGGACUCACAUUUUUCAUCUAAAUGUAAUACUAACUUUGCAAGUGAGUUGAAAAAUAAUUUUAGCGAUAUUUAUAUAGAAAAAAGUUUUAUAGAGUUUAACCAAUUAGACAACAAUGUUUUGAGAAAAUGCGUUGAACAUGAGAUGGGCAACAAAAAAGUUACGGAAGAGCAGAUGACGCAUAUAUUGAGAAACUUUGAUGUGGUUCGAGAUGGUUGUAAAGGUGUACAUCAAAAGAUAAAAUAUUUGAGUAUAAUUUGAAAAGGUAUGAAUGUUUAAAAAUUAAAGUAAUUAAUCAGUA